CACCACGCCAGAUCUCGCGGGGGGAUAACGGGGCGGGGAGCGGAAGUCCUAACGAAAGAUGGAUGCAGGUCCUCCGCACCCUCUUGACGUCUUUCUGUCUGUGUCUUCCUCGAUCCGGAUGCGAACCCUCCACCUAGCCUCCCGCAACGUUCUUUCUCGGAAUGGAUUCUCCCGUAGCCGGGGCAACGCGCCGCAGACGGUCUCCAUGGCUCCGCGAGCGUGCGGACCGGCUGCGUGGCGAGGUACAGCACGGGAAUCGCUCGCGCGGCGGCUGCUUCGUGGCGCUUGUGGCUCCUGCAGCCAGGCUCGGACUGGAGCUGGGACAAUCUGAUCUCUGAUCUUUGUACCCUUCUCCGAGGUGACUUGGUACUCGCAGCCAUCAGCGUAGAGUAGAAUUUUGCUAUAGAAGUAGCACUAAGAAGCCCGCUGAAGUCACCAACAUUGAGCACACGGCCCCCAAGGAACAGCCAUGCCUGCGGAAGGAGGGAAAACUGAUAUGGAGAGGAUUGGCCUCUUCAGUGAGAUGGAAUAUAUUACUGUGGGUGAUAAAUAUGUGUCACAGUUUAAUCGACCCUUUAAUGAAGCUGCAAGCAAAAAUAGACAGAUUCUACCCGGAGGAUCCAAAGAAAUGUCCAAUCUCCAGGCAGGUUAUUUUGAUCCCCAUUUUGUAAGGAUUUUUGAAGGUGAAGGCUAUGUCAAUCCGAAUCAAGUGAGGAGACGGCACAUGAUGGAAGAAGCCAAAAAAAAUCUAAGCAAAGCCUUCCUCCCUAGCAAUGGAGAGAAAAAGCCCUGUGGAUUAGGAAGUUACUAUGGAACCAUAGGUGGACCAGUCCCAUUUUUCAGUGCACAGUCUAAACCCAAAGAAAAAUAUGAGCCACCUGGAAAGAAUUUAUACACAAACCCAGGAAAGAAAGGAACUGGAUAUGGCUAUGCAAAUAUUACCAUAGGUAAGCAGUUUUCACACUCUUCUGAUCUCUAUGAUGCGGCAAAACUAAUUAACAAGAAAGAGAAUGAAGAACACCAUCGUUUACUCAAAGGGACAGCUUUCAAAUUAAAUCUUUACCCAAGGGAAUAUUUUGAUGCCAAUCCUUACAUGUCUGAGGAACCUUUACCACCAAUUAAAAAAGUAGAGAAGAAAGAAAUAGUUGGAAGCCCUUUUAAGCCCUCUUCUCCUGGUAAAAAGGGCACUAAAUAUGAAGAACUACAAGACUGCUUCAGUACAGUCCUACUAGCAUCUGGAAGACAAAUAACCUUACAGGAACUGGGAGAACCCGUGGGAAAGUGCUGUUCCUCUGCCUACUGCUGUUGCUGUGAGCAACCAGCUCCUUUGUCUCUGACCCAGGAUUCUUACGUCUUCCACUGGAACCCACGACACUGGAACCCACUAGCUCAUUAGCUUACAAACUGGAUCAAGUCUCAAGGUGUUUAUAGUUCUUGACAGCAUAAGAAUAUAUACCUAAUUCCAAUUUCUAAUUAAAAACUAGCCCAAUCAAUUAUAAGGUAAUCGUGAUCAGAUGUGGAGGUCAAUUUAAAACUUUUUGUUGAAUAAAGUACCCGGAUGAAAGAUUGUGAAAUGUUUUCAGAAAUUUAUUUACAUGUCUUGGAUGGAAGCAGUUGAUACAGUUUACUCGGAGUUCCUGGGAGAAAAAAGAGAAGAAUUUUUGAAAAAAUCGGACUGCUAUGUGUACCAUGGAAAAAUAAUAAUUAAAAAAAAUUUCCUGCUUGCUACCAAAGUUGCCUUAGCCAUAUAUAAUAUAUAGAAGUAGUAUAAAUAAAAUAACACAUCUCAUCAAAGGACCAAAAUCUCUAAGAAAUUCCACUAUGUAAUGAAUUGGAUACAAAUCUUAGAAAAAUAGUGUUCACCUUCUUAUUACUGUCCUCUGGCUAAACCUGAUAGACAAAAGAAAUCUUAAACACACUUCUAUGAAUCCACCAAGAUAUACAUACCUUUCAAACCCAGGGCUAAAGGCCUAUUCCCAGGACUAGAGGUGUCUUCAUAAAUAUCAUAGAUGUCAAAAUGGAAUUUAUCUUUCCUUGAAACGUGACCCAUUUUUGAGAGGUCAGUAUGGUGACUGCAGAUUUUUUCACUUAGAUUUGAAUAUUCUCUUUGAAGAUUCCGCAUCUCAAAUUCCAAGGUGUCCCUUUCAUUCUCUAUACUCCUUACAUAGUUUUCUAAGAGUAUUUUGUCUUCCUCAAGUCUACAGAUGCUAUUUUCAAAUUUUAUAGUUUCUUGACUAUUUUUUUUUAGUUCUUCUUUUAGAAGCUGAUUAUCGGUCUUAAUUUCCAAUACCAUUUUUGAUAACAGUUCACAUUCAUUGCCCAUUUCUGACAAACUAUUCUUAUAAAUACUUGCUUCUGACUUUGCAUUUUUUAUUUCUUGC